CUUUUCACCUGCGGAACGCGGCGAAUGCGGACGGAUCGCACUGGCGCGAAUGAUAUUGCGACUCAUUUAACAGAACGCCACGGACGCGAGAUGGACGUGCUUCGGAACGGAGGCGUCAUUGCGGCUCGUUUAACAAAACGCGGCGUACGCAGAAAGAAUCAACUCCGGGACGAAUGGCGUUACGAUUCAUUUAAUUAAUCGUAUAAUAUCGUAUGUACUACAAUUCUAUUAUUGCACAUCGUGGAAAUAUAAUCUGAAGAGAAGAUCUGACAACUCGGAAAUAAAUUCGGGUUUCGGUAGACAAACUUUGCGAUUCAUCGCAGCGAUGUGUCCAUUAACGCCACUCUUGCGCAUUGAUUCACGAACCACAACCGGUUCAUCGCGGCGCGCGCUUGUUCCGGGAGUGCCGUUUAAAGUAAUAGGACUUAAUCAGUCCAGGGGCGUAAUUUGUGUAUUUAACGCAAGUAUUCCACGAGUGCAACGGGACGAGAAGGUUUGAUCCAGAUCUGUCAGGAGGCGAAGGUCUAGGAGAAGCCCAUCGAGCCCCAGCGCAGUAAUCUUGAGUAUCAUCGCAGCUUCGUGGCUGAACAACUCCACUCCGUUGCAUAUCAGAUCUGGCGGCUGCCGCACGCCUGUUGGCACCACUUCUCCCUCCUCCCACCAGCGGCCGGCGACGUGCCUGCUAUGGCGAUGUUUACAGCGUAGUCACGGCAACGGCUCAUGUGAUCAGUCGGUGAUCCGUCGCGCGCCGGGUAACAGUGGACGUUCGCGGUGUGUGUUGGGUUUGCGUUUCACGUUACCGUCGUUCGCGCGGACUGUUAUUUUCUCUUUCUCUCGGAGUAUUGGCACUUUGACGAUCGAACAAUUUAACGAGACGUGAAACCUGAUGGCGCGAAUGUCCGGAAAAGAGUGACGCUGACAGCAGAGUGGUGUGCACGAACGAUGUUUCAUCGAUGUGUUUCUCUCCUUUGACGCGAUACUUUGUGUGGAUUAGAACUUGAAGGAUCGACAUAGUCGCGACGAUAGCUCCGAAAUGAAGUGCGUGACACUCGUAAGCGCCGGCGAAGUGCGGAUCCUUCGUCGCACAUCGUUUCGAUCGCCGAAUCGUUCAUGCCAAUGAGUGAGUGCGUGCGCGCGGGUCCUCAAUCGGUUGUCACCUAAUUGAUACGAAAUCCGAUAAAACGAUGUCCUGCGUGAACGCGCCAGUGACCGUUCGCGAGUAUGAUUGACAAACGAUUGAGCAGCUGUCGAAUUUGAGUGUCAUAAGGGGACGAACAAGGAAGAGGAAGAGGCGGCAGAUUUGCGAAGUGCCGUGAAGUUCGCGAGGGAGGCGAGAGCGCGUAGCAACGUGAAGUUCGCGGGGGAGGUUCGCGCGCGCGGUGAUCACGUGACCGCGUGGGACUCGCCGUUGCCGCGAGAAGGACGCGGGAAGGACGCGAGAGCGUUGUCGGCGUGUUAUGGUCCGCGCGUUUUCGUUCGCGGGACGAAAUGAGGGUGGCGACGCAGCAGCAGCAGCAGCGGCGCGGCCGUCGAUGAGCCCCAAGGAUAGAUGCGCGGAUUCCGCGGUGGUGGAAUUAGGCUCGUGGCCCUGCAAGUGGUCCGCUACAAGCAGCCCCCAGGCACGUACGUCGCUCGCCGUCGGCGCGGGCAUGAUGCCACGAGGUCUGCCGACGAGACGUGGCCUGCAGGCGCUAGCGCUCGUCAUCGCUACCGCCUACGCCACUAUUCUCCUCUACCAGGCCGUCGUACCGCGCCAGUGGGUCGACGAGAUGAACGUGGCGGAAGUGAAUAGCCGAAGCGUGAUAGUGGAGGUGCCGGCGUUGAGAAAGUUAAUCAGCGAGGAGUCGCCGGUGACUCCGCCGGUGGCGACGGCGACUAUGGCACCGUUCGCUACGAACCUCGACGACGUGUUUAUCAGCGUGAAGACCACCAAGCACUAUCAUCACUCGCGCUUGCCGGCCAUCAUCGAUACGUGGUUCCAAUUCGCCAGGAAUCAGACCUGGUUCUUCACCGACAGAGACGAUUCGUACUUCCAAAAUCAAACCAACGGCCACAUGAUCAACACCAAGUGCUCAUCUUCGCACAAUCGGCGGGCUCUUUGUUGCAAGAUGUCGGUGGAAUUCGACAGAUUUCUCGACAGUGGCCGAAAGUGGUUCUGCCACUUUGACGAUGAUAAUUACGUGAACGUGCCGCGCCUACUGAAGCUUCUGGACAAUUAUAAUCCACGCGAAGAUUGGUACCUCGGCAAGCCCUCGAUACCUGCGCCCUUGGAGAUCAUCAAGCAAGGCCCGGAGCCGCAGAAACGACCGCAAAAGGUGAAAUUUUGGUUUGCCACGGGCGGCGCCGGAUUCUGCAUCAGUCGAGCGUUGGCGUUGAAGAUGACGCCGGUGGCUGGGGGAGGAAAGUUCAUCACCGUCGGCGAUAGAAUUAGAUUGCCAGACGAUGUGACGAUGGGGUACAUCAUCGAGUACCUCCUGAAAAAGCAACUCACCGUGGUGGAGCAGUUCCAUUCGCAUUUGGAGCUGAUGAAGUUCCUGAACAGGGAUACUUUCCACGAACAGGUCUCUUUUAGUUAUUCCAAAGGUCCUAGAGACGAGUGGAAUAUCCUAAAAAUUGACGGCUUCGAUAUGAAGGACGAUCCAAAGAGAUUUAAAUCUAUUCAUUGUCACCUAUUUCCACAAGUUCCUUAUUGUCCACAUAGGUGAUGAAGCACAACGAAUAUGAAGAAAAUCGAAAAGUUGAGUUUAUUCUAAUUUAUAUCAAUUGCGGAGGAACAUUAACGAAUGGUAAGGAGCAUACUAUUAAAUGAGUUAAUAACAAGACAUUUUAUCAGGUGCGUGCAAAAAUUCUAUCCGUUUUUAAUAGAAUAAAUAAAACGACUAAAUAUUUGAAAAGUUAUUUAUAUUUAAGAAUGUGUGUAUGUGUAUGUAUGUAUGUAUGUAUGUAUGGUAUGUAUAUAUAUAUAUAUAUAUAUAUAUAUAUAUAAAACUCUUUCCAUUUUACAUAUUGACUGAUUAAUUGUACUGUCAGUCGGAGGUAGAUUUUUUGAAAUUUAAAUAUUAAAAACGGAUAGAAUAUCUUAUAUUCUGCUCGAUAUGUGACAUGGGGAUUCAAAACUAGUUAAAUAUAUAUCGCGCACCACAUGUCAGAUAUAAUAAAUGUGAUAAGAUUAUAUUACUUGGCACGGUACGUUCAUAAUAUUCGACACAAUAGACACUGUCUAUGGUUUUUCUUUAUUAAUAACGUAUAAUUAUUGAACUAAAUUAAUAUUGUAAUAGACACUGGUAGCUAAAAAACAAGUAAGAGCAAAUUCAGAGGACUACCUCUCUUUGUAUAAACAAAUUAGAAAGUUUCAGAGUACCAGUAGAGGUUAGAUAAGUGAGCGAUUUAAGCGACUUGAGCGAACUUUUAAGUAUGAAUACAACAUGAAUAAUUUCGGCUUUAUACGCAUGCGAAGAGUAGUUAAAAAAAAGAGGUGGCUCUUCGCAUCAUGUUAUUUCAUCUAUUUUCUGUUUAUGGACGUAAUAUGGCAGUGCUUAUUUCAAUAUUUGAGUUCAAUGCUUAUAACAGCGCUCGCAAUGCAUUUGCGCGUGUUCAAACGUUUGGGAGUCAUAUUUUUUACUUUUAGUUUAUUUUCUUUAGGGCCGAUCUUCACUUUUUUUUUUUUUUUUUUAUAUUAUUUGUUUGUUAUCUUAAUUUUCUUUACAUCAUUGGAAAAACCUAAAUAGAAAAAGUGGCUUAAACCAGUGAUUGACCAUAAAGUUAAUCACUGGUAGUGUUUGAUGUUCAGUUAUAUAAGACAUUGGUCCACAAAAUUUUUCUUACUGAUUUGUUAUUUCAAUUUAGAAAUUAUAAUCACUAGUGGAUUAUAUAUGAAUAGAUAAAUUUUUUCAGUUGAGAAUACUUGGAUUACUUUUGCCGUUGACGCUUAAAAUAUAUCAAUAUGGUCUUUUUGUCCAUAACAGUUGGGGUAUUAGAAAUAAAUUUCCCAAAAGACGUUGCCCUCAUUUGUAGAAAAACAGUUUUGUCACUAUACUUGUAUUUUACAAUAUUAUGAUUUUAUUUUCUUUAGUAUCAAUAAUGAUUCUCGAUUUCUUGGCAAUUUUAAAGUUUGAAAUUCUUAUUGCUUUUUCAUAUUGAGUUUCAUCAAUAACUAAGGGUUUAUCAUAAUUAUCAGAAUAACAUGUAGUUUUUUAAUAAUUAAAUCGCGCGGAAAAACUUUAGACGGCAUUAAAUCCGUGCUAGCCGGAAUAGUCAAACAUAUUUAUUCAUAAAAUUUUUAUUUGGAAUUAAUUUUACGUGAAUACAUAAUUUUAAUUCAUUUUUAUUAUGUUAUGACAUAAUAAAAAUGGUUCCGAAAAACAUCUACUGUUUUAAUUGAGCUUCUCUAACUUGUUCUGGAAAAUUCUUGUUCAUUGAGAUUAUUAUCAAAUGGCAAGUAGCUUUAAUGUCUUGUUUUAUAUAAAUUAUAUCUCGAGUUAUUUCAAGAGAUAUCAAGAUUUAAUUCUCAAAUCUCAACUUAAUUCUUAAAUGUUUCACGUAUCAAGAAGUAUUUCUUAAUCUGAAAAAUCUCUUCGAAAUGUAUUUAUAACUUUUGUUUUAAGAGGAAUUAUUUCUUAAAACUGCAAACAUUUUUGAAUAACAUUAAGAAGAUACCUAUGGAGUUUCAAAAACUGACCCUUUUUGGUAAGAAGCUAUGAAAAAAUUAAAAAUUAAAAACUAAGUACGGAUAACGUAUAAUAAAUAAUGAAAUUUACCCACAGGGUUGUUUCGCCGUUUCCCGAUGCUCCUCUCGAGCCUCCGCCUCCUCUCAGAUCCCGUCAAUGCACAACACUCGCGAACGAGAUAUCAAUUACGAUCGCGCGCUAACUAUCAAAACAACGUGCGACAUUUUAUUGACGGACUCAGGGUAACGAAAGGGACACACGAUCAUGCGUGGAUAUGAUCUAGAUCGAUAUUCCGUCGGAACAUUUACUGUUUCCUUUUUAAUAUACUAGCACGCAAUGCGCGCUAACAUGCGCGCUUUCAUGCUAGCUUUGCUUGAGUUCGGACGAGACAUGUGAGUGUGAGUUUUACUUCUGAGAAGUCAAUCGGAGUACAAGAUUUUAUUUCAGGGAAUAUAGUUUUAAUUAGAGUUAGAGAUUUUAAUCAGAGUUCAGAGAAAGAAAUUUUCAAUUUACCUUCAGUUUUCUUUGAUGGAUUUUUCUAAAAUCUCCUCUUUUCUUUCUUUUCUGAUCGAUGUAAUUCCGUCGGACUAUUUCAUCGUCGUACAUGAAAACUCGGAAAUAACUGCGAACAAAGAGAAUUUGUUCGAUAUCAAUGAUAACGAGCUGGUGCGCGAUCCGUUGGUCGGACAGUUUUCGGUGAUUUGCGCGAGUUGAAUUAAUCUUGACUUAUAUAUGAGAAAGAGAAUUAAACUCCUCUUUCUCUAAGGAUCAGAGUGGAAGCAACAUGUGAGAAGGAACCAUGACUCAACUCAUAGUUUUGAUAAAACCUCAUCUAGAUCUGCAUCUCCUGCUCUAGAAGCUCUAAUGACAUUUUUAGCUAUUGGCACCAAGUCAAUCAACAUCUUUGAAUAGACUGGCACAUCAAGUUCAUCCAGCUCCAUAUGUCCCAUCUGAGGCAUUCUUGAGUUUUAGUUUCAUUAGGAAUAGCAUUGGAGUUGAAAGAAGCCAGAAAGUAAUUGAACAUCUGCAUUCUGGUGUUUUAUUGUUUGUCUGAUGAAGAAUGUCAUCUAAUCUGACAGAGAGAGAGAGAGAGCGAGCCAGGAAUACUGCCUUGGGAGCAUUGGGCUUAUGGGGUAAUACAGAAGUUAUCAUUGGAGCCAUAACAGCUCUAGGAAGGGCAACUUCUGGGUAAAUAGCAGUGGGGAUCAACAAUACUUCUAUCUAUUUCUUGAAUGAACAAUCUCACCACUGUGAUGGGAUUACAUGCUACAAUUUUGGGCAAAGUGAUGGUUUUAGCAUCCGAAGAUCGAUUGGCAGGAUUCUUAGCAAUAUAUUUCAAAUAUAUGUAUUUCAUACAUAUUUUUAUAGGAAAUAAUAUUUAUGUGCAAAAUAAUUAUGUAAGAAAUAAUCUGUUGAUUUAUUUCUAAAUGUAUUGAAAGAUUUAAUUUACCUCGUGGUGUUGAUAUUAGUAAUGUGUUUCCAAUAAGUGUUAUAAUUUCAGAACUGAAAUAAAACAGAAACGUAUAAUUAAUAACGAUUUGAAGCAAGUUGAAUUCAGGCUUGUCCGUCAAUAUGGCCGUAUUACAAUAAUAAGAUUGUAAUUAUCUUUGACUGUUUCGAUCACAAUCGAUAUGAACCCAUUGGAAGCUAAAAAGAUACUGGCACCGAACGGCUUUAGUGGCGUUUUCAUUCGUCUGACAUACGCACACACACACACACACGCACGCACAUCCAUUUUGCUAUUAACAAAAGCUGAUGCGUGUCCACGUGCUGCAUCCACAACAGGGCUCGAGAAUCUUAGCAGUGUUUACUUGUUUUUCAUCAAUAUCAUUGAGUUUUUCAAGAAAUCAGAGCUUUUGCACAUUAUCUUGUCUAUUGCAGCACCUCUGGUCAUAAAGACUAUAUAUAUAAAUGACAUCAACAUGGAAAUUUCUGUCAUUAGUCAUUCUAAUCAUUUGGCCAUCAGUGAUGGUGUCCUCCACUACUAUCUUCAUGGUAGGAUAUUUCUUGAUGAAAAAUCUUUUUUCGAAAUUAAUUUAUUUAUAACUUUUGUUCUAAGAGGAAUUAUUUCUUAAAACUUUGCACACACUUUCUGAAUAACAUUAAGAAGAUACCUAUGGAGUUUCAAAAACUGACCCCUUUUGGUAAGAAGCUAUGAAAAAAUUAAAAAUUAAAAACUAAGUACGGGUAACGUAUCAUUUUUCAUAUUGAGUUUCAUCAAUAACUAAGGGUUCAUCAUAAUUAUCAGAAUAACAUGUAGUUUUUUAAUAAUUAAAUCGCGCGGAAAAACUUUAGACGGCAUUAAAUCCGUGCUAGCCGGAAUAGUCAAACAAAUUUAUUCAUAAAAUUUUUAUUUGGAAUUAAUUUUACGUGGAUACAUAAUUUUAAUUCAUUUUUAUUAUGUUAUGACAUAAUAAAAAUGGUUCCGAAAAACAUCUACUGUUUUAAUUGAGCUUCUCUAACUUGUUCUGAAAAAUUCUUGUUCAUUGAGAUUAUUAUCAAAUGGCAAGUAGCUUUAAUGUCUUGUUUUAUAUAAAUUAUAUCUCGAGUUAUUUCAAGAGAUAUCAAGAUUUAAUUCUCAAAUCUCAACUUAAUUCUUAAAUGUUUCACGUAUCAAGAAGUAUUUCUUAAUCUGAAAAAUCUCUUCGAAAUGUAUUUAUAACUUUUGUUUUAAGAGGAAUUACUUCUUAAAACUGCAAACAUUUUUGAAUAACAUUAAGAAGAUACCUAUGGAGUUUCAAAAACUGACCCUUUUUGGUAAGAAGCUAUGAAAAAAUUAAAAAUUAAAAACUAAGUAUGGAUAACGUAUAAUAAAUAAUGAAAUUUACCCACAGGGUUGUUUCGCCGUUUCCCGAUGCUCCUCUCGAGCCUCCGCCUCCUCUCAGAUCCCGUCAAUGCACAACACUCGCGAACGAGAUAUCAAUUACGAUCGCGCGCUAACUAUCAAAACAACGUGCGACAUUUUAUUGACGGACUCAGGGUAACGAAAGGGACACACGAUCAUGCGUGGAUAUGAUCUAGAUCGAUAUUCCGUCGGAACAUUUACUGUUUCCUUUUUAAUAUACUAGCACGCAAUGCGCGCUAACGUGCGCGCUUUCAUGCUAGCUUUGCUUGAGUUCGGACGAGACAUGUGAGUGUGAGUUUUACUUCUGAGAAGUCAAUCGGAGUACAAGAUUUUAUUUCAGGGGAUAUAGUUUUAAUUAGAGUUAGAGAUUUUAAUUAGAGUUCAGUUUACCUUCAGUUUUCUUUGCUAGAUUUGUCUAAAAUCUUCCCCUCUUCUUCUUUUCUGAUCGAUGUAAUUCCGUCGGACUAUUUCAUCAUCGUACAUGAAAACUCGGAAAUAACUGCGAACAAAGAGAAUUUGUUCGAUAUCAAUGAUAACGAUCUGGUACGCGAUCCGUUGGUCGGACAGUUUUCGGUGAUUUGCGCGAGUUGAAUUAAUCUUGACUUAUAUAUGAGAAAGAGAAUUAAACUCUUCUUUCUCUAAGGAUCAGAGUGGAAGCAACAUGUGAGAAGGAACCAUGACUCAACUCAUAGUUCUGAUAAAACCUCAUCUAGAUCUGCAUCUCCUGCUCUAGAAGCUCUAAUGACAUUUUUAGCUAUUGGCAGUCAAUCAACAUCUUUGAAUUGACUGGCACAUCAAGUUCAUCCAGCUCCAUAUGCCAUCUGAGGCAUUCUUGAGUUUUAGUUUCAUUAGGAAUAGCAUUGGAGUUGAAAGAAGCCAGAAAAUAAUUGAACAUCUGCAUUCUAGUGUUUUAUUGUUUGUCUGAUGAAGAAUGUCAUCUAAUCUGACAGAGAGAGAGAGAACCAGGAAUACUGCCUUGGCAGCAUUGUGCCUAUGGGGUAAUGCAGAAGUUAUUGGAGCCAUAACAGCUCUAGGAAGGGCAACUUCUGGGUAAAUAGCAGUGGGGAUCAACAAUACUUCUAUCUAUUUCUUGAAUGAACAAUCUCACCACUGUGAUGGGAUUACAUGCUACAAUUUUGGGCAAAGUGAUGGUUUUAGUAUCCGAAGAUCGAUUGGCAGGAUUCUUAGCAAUAUAUUUCAAAUAUAUGUAUUUCAUACAUAUUUUUAUAGGAAAUAAUAUUUAUGUGCAAAAUAAUUAUGUAAGAAAUAAUCUGUUGAUUUAUUUCUAAAUGUAUUGAAAGAUUUAAUUUACCCUGUUGAUAUUAAUAAUGUGUUUCCAAUAAGUGUUAUAAUUUCAGAACUGAAAUAAAACAGAAACGUAUAAUUAAUAACGAUUUGAAGCAAGUUGAAUUCAGGCUUGUCCGUCAAUAUGAUCGUAUUACAAUAAUAAGAUUGUAAUUAUCUUUGACUGUUUCGAUCACAAUCGAUAUGAACCCAUUGGAAGCUAAAAAGAUACUGGCACCGAACGGCUUUAGUGGUGGCGUUUUCAUUCGUCUGACAUACGCACACACACACGCACGCACAUCCAUUUUGCUAUUAACAAAAGCUGAUGCGUGUCCACGUGCUGCAUCCACAGGGCUCGAGAAUCUUAGCAGUAUUUACUUGUUUUUCAUCAAUAUCAUUGAGUUUUUCAAGAAAUCAGAGCUUUUGCACAUUAUCUUGUCUAUUGCAGCACCUCUGGUCAUAAAGACUAUACAUAUGAAUGACAUCAACAUGGAAAUUUCUGUCAUUAGUCAUUCUAAUCAUUUGACCAUCAGUGAUGGUGCCUUCCACUACUAUCUUCAUGGUAGGAUAUUUCUUGAUGAAAAAUCUUUUUUCGAAAUUAAUUUAUUUAUAACUUUUGUUCUAAGAAUUAUUUCUUAAAACUUUGCAUAUAUCUUUUGGAUAACAUUAAAAAAAAUACCUGUAAUGUUUUUAAAACUGACUCCUUUGAAAGGAAGUUACGAAAAAAUUGAAAAUUAAAAACUAAGUACGGGUAACGUAUAAUAAAUAAUUGAACUCACCUACAGGGUUGUUUCGCCGUUUCCCGAUGCUCUUCUGGAGCCUCCGAUUCCUCUCAGAUCCCGUCAAUGCACAACACUCGCGAAUGAGAUAUCAAUUACGAUCGCGCGCUAACUAUCAAAACAAUGUGCGACACUUUAUUGACGGACUCAGGGUAACGAAAGGGACACACGAUCACGCGAGGAUAUGAUCUAGAUCGAUAUUCCGUCGGAACAUUUACUGUUUCCUUUUUAAUAUAUUAGCACGUAACGCGCGCUAAUUUUUUCACGUAUUUUUUUACGUCAAAGAGCUUCGGCGAUCAAACACGCGUCAGAAAUUAUACGCGAAAUGCGCAAGAGCGACGAAAGCACCGGUAUCUAAGUUUCUGAUAUUCGUCACCGGAUAGCUUUCUCGCUUCUUCUUCCGAACACGCACAUAGAGCGUUUUUAAAUAUAUUCUCUACCUCUAAGUUUACACGCACGUCCUUAUCGUCUGGGAGUUCGAGAGUUAAAGGGGAAGCAACAAUAGAAAGAGAGUAGGAACUUAACGCAAGGGGGUGGUAGCAAAAUUUGGUAAUGGUUACCAAAUCCUUUCUCAAUAUACUAUGGUCAUGAAUAUAUUUUUCUUUACAGCAAGAAAAAGAUUUUAUAGCAGGAAUCAAAUAAAAGGAACUAAAUUUUUUAGUUGGCGUAAUUAAAUAUUUGGUUGAUCCUAUUUUAACCAAAUUGUUUGGUUAAGUCUACCAAAUUUUAAUUAAUACAACAAAAUUUUUUUUUUAGUGUAUAAUAUUAAAAAAUGUAAAAUUUUAUAUUUUGUAUUACCUGCAGAUUAUUGGGAUGUAUGUAUCUCGUCAAUUAUUCUCAUUUACGCCAUUCUUUCCGUAUUCAUAAAAUUGUCAGCACAGUAAUCCUUUGUAGCUGUCCUAGCAUUAUGUAUGUACCAAGUAGUUUCUGCUAUGAAUAUUCUAAGUUCUCUUGGUUAAAAAAAUUUUGAGCAGGACUUCACUUUAGUAAAACGGUUUUCUGAUUUUUCCUAACACUUAGUAGUGUUACGAAAAAUAUUCUAUUCACAUCGAGUAAUGAAGCAAAGCAUUCUUUUUUGUUAAUAAAUGGAUUUUAGUAUUUACCUCUACCUAUUUUGGUUUGAAUACGUUAAUGUACAGUUGACUAACUAUCCAAUGUUUAUAUAUUCCUUGUUUACUUUCUUGUAAAUGUUUUAAUAAAUUUAAUUGCUAGAAAUGACGAAAAUUUUAUUAAAACAUUUACAUGCUAAAAAUAAAAAUAAACAUUUGAGCAGGAUUUCACUUUAGUGAAACGGUUUUCUGAUUUUUCCUAAUACUUAGUAGUGUUACGAAAAAUAUUCUAAUUACAUCGAGUAAUAAAGCAAAGCAUUCAUUUAAAAUUAACCGAUCGUGUCUUGUGCUUUUCCGUUCUUUUGCAGUAAGAACUAUAAUGUGUUUAUUAAUUGUGGGGCACGGGUAUGGUCGGGCUCGGUCUAUGGUUACGCGAUCGGUUAGAGGGAUCUCUGCGAAGUAUAGAAAUGUUAGGUUGCGACGAGGAAGGGAAUGAAUAUGACCUUUUGUGUGGAUAACCGUUACGAGUGUCUCGUUGGAGCAAUUAAUCUUUUCAGAUAUGAAAACAUAGCAUGCUCGAGACAAUUAUCCCAAUCUUUUUCGUUAGCGAUAUAAUGUUUUACGCAACGUUUAUAAUUUUUAUAAUUUUUUAGACUACCUUGCCUAAGGUGUCUGCGAUAUAAAUUUUUCGCCCAAUCUUUUCUGUGAGCGAUGCUUGAUUCUCUAUUUUUUGUUGAUUCGUGAAAUCUAAUUUCUUUUUCUCUAAUGGGUAUAUUAUCCCAAAUUAUAUUUGCUUUUUUAAUCGUUUAUCAAUUUUCUCUUGUUCUAAAUGACAUCUUGCUGGAUUAGAGUGCAUUUUUAUGUCUCAAUCUAUCACCAUAUUGAAUGCGACACUAAACUUCCUUGAAUAAGAUGUAAUGUUUAUAAUUGCAUUCACUUUCUCAAUUUAUUUGACGUAACAAAAAGAUUGAGAAAUUAUUUGAG